AUGUUAUCUUUAAAAUUUCACUACUCUGAUAUUUUACUAUCUCAACAAGCUACAAUAGUUUUUGGUUUGCAUUCUGUGGCCAUGGUAGUUGCAGAGGAAGCCUUAACUUGGGUCAAGGUGGAGCCUCUGCUGAUACAUUGCAAUGCACAGGAGCUCCCAACAGUAACUGAUAACUCGGGCAAACCUGCAGAAUUAGCUGAAGAAGCAGUGGAUGCCGCUGGUGGGCUUUGUUCCUUCAGGGGAUUCUUGUUCAGUGGUGGCAGGCCUCCCCCUUCCUGGAUGUAG